UAAAUAUAAACAAAUUAGUAGCUGUCAAAUUGCUGAUCGAAGUGUAAUGGCUUGUAAUAUAAUGACAUGAUUAAGUUUAAUUGUUUUUAAAUUUAAAUAAUUAUUGCUUGUGUUGAGCUAAACUGAUCUCUACAAGAUGUGGUUGAAGUGUAAUGGCUUACGUUGAAAUAACAUCGAUAUUUUUUACAUAUAUUUUAAUUUAAACAACUAUCGCUAAAGCAUUAUUGCUGAAAUUAUAUCUGCAAUAUGUGUUCUUGUUAUGUGUCAGAAACACUACUCGAAAUAGAAAAACGACAAUGUAAUGCACUAUCAGCAAUUUCUUUUAAUGAAAAAGUGUGCUAUGUUUACAAUCCUUUAGAGUACGCUAAAGAAACUCAUGAAUACUAUGUGCGAACAUUUUGUCCAAAUUCAAAAUUAAUUUUAUUCUUGGGAAUGAAUCCUGGACCAUUUGGAAUGGCACAAAAUGGGGUACCAUUUGGUGAUUCUUUUUAUGUGAACAACUGGUUGAAAAUCAAGGGGAAUGUUAGCAAGCCUAAAAAGGAACACCCUAAAAGACAAAUACAUGGUUUAAGUUGUCCAAGAUCAGAGGUCAGUGGGCAAAGAUUUUGGUCUUAUCUAGCUGAAACAUGCAAAACUCCAGAAAAGUUUUUUCAACAUUGCUAUGUCCACAACUAUUGUCCUAUUUCAAUGAUGACAGCCACUGCAAAAAAUAUAACUCCACCAGAGUUGAAGGCGAAUGAAAAAAAGCUAUUGCUAGACAUUUGUGAUGAAUCUUUAAUUCAAAUAAUUAACCUUCUUGGUGUGAAGUGUAUUGUGGGUAUUGGAAAGUUUGCAGAAGAUCGUGUAAAAAAAGUGCUCAAAACUCAUGCUAUUACUAAUAUUGCAGUGAUUGGAAUUAUGCAUCCCAGUCCUAUCAAUCCUGCCGCUAAUAAAGGGUGGAAAAACAUAGUACAUCAGCAACUUGAAAAUUCUGGUGUUCUUAAAUAUUUAUUAUAGGAGGAAAUUUUUAGUUUUUUGCCUAGAUUUCUUCCAAUGCUUCAUUUUCCUGUUUCAAAAAAAGAAAUUUAUUCUUACCACAUUUCUAAAAAAGUUAUAAAAUUUGUUAAUAAAUAGUGCUACUGACUGAAAAAACUAUUAAGCAAUUUCUUCUGUUGCAUGUGAGACCAAUUUAACUGAAAUAUUUGCACAGGGGUCUGUUAAUUUUGUCAUGAGAUUGUGCCAGAGUACUGCUGCAAUUGUUGUUUAUUCUAAAAACAUUAUUUUGUAGUGUUUCUUAGGUAGCAACGCCAUCUGUUUACAAAUUUUUUAACUAAUUUAAAACUUGGUUCAGAUAGAUUAUCUAGUUUCUUAAGCAAAAAGUAGGUAGUAAAUCAUUCAUGUUUCCAUCACCCUCAGUUUUUAAUUUUAAAUUUAUUUUUAAAAUCGUAAGUUACUUUUAUGUCACUCGGUAAAACAAAUGAAAGAUGUUUUUGUUUGAGAGAGAAGCGUCCUUUUCACACUCUUCAAGGUGUAAAUUAUGAGGGACAUUCAAAUGAAACCCGGUCACUAGUGUAAAUUAAGGGUAACAAUUUUAUCAACUCACAAAUGUAGUUAUACACAGUACACGUACUCAGAAAUAGUCUCCAAAACUGUUGGUACUUUUAUCCCAUUGCAAUGCUAGCAGGUCGAUACCAUCUUUGAAGAAGGUAGGUUGUUGUCGGAUCCAGGCACACACGUCAUCAUCCUUUGUGAAUCGAUGUCCGCGAAAAGCUUGUUUUAGAAGUCCAAAAACAUGAAAGUCACACGGUGAAAGGUCUGGACUGUAUGGUGGAUGUUCCAGCGUCCUUGCUCCUCGCUGUUCCUGAUUAUUUGCCUGCAUGUUCCAUAAUGGACAAUAACUUGUGUGACCUCCUUCUCUUUGGUGUGCAACCACACUGUCGCUAUGCAAUUUCAAACGUUGCGCAUGUAUCAGUCUCUCUACCAUUGAUGGUGCCAUCAUUCACGCAGUUACGUGGCGCACCAUUACGUCUAAUGCGAAGUUAGAGGCACUGACCAGGUUUCAUUUGAAUGACCCUCUUAUAUUAUCAUUUUGCCUAAAUCACAUGUUGAGGUGUUACAUAUCUUUUAAAGAUACUUUCAUUGUUGAAGUUCUUUAUGAUUCAGUUUAGUUUUUUAAAACAUCAUCAUCAGCAUAUCUAUUUUAAUGUAUGUUAAGAUAUGGUGCAUAUCUUGGUGAAAAGAUUUACCUAUUGUAUAUGUCGACCCCCAAUUUUUGAUGAUGGAGUAGCAAUUUUUUUGGUAUGUGUGGUUUAUAAGUCAAUUGACUUUGAUGGGUUGAUGACACAGUAAAUGGUUUAAUUAUUCUUCAUGUUGAAUUCUAUUGGAGCUUCAUUGCAUUAAGAAAGGAUGAUUGGAGAGUUCACAUGAAUUGGGAUUUGAAAACUCUGGAAUGUUGAGGCCAGAGAUGAUGAUAACAAAAAUACUAAAAAAUUGGUAACAUUGGAAUUGAAUGGACAAUAACUGUUGCGAAUCCUCAACUGUUGAAAGCCGGUAAAUUUUCGGUAAAAGGCAAAAGAGCCUUCAAAAAACAGCAUUAAACAUUUUAAAAAUAAUUUAUUAAGAUACUCAUAGUGCAUAUUCUCAACUACAAGAUAAACUACAGCAGUGUCCUUAGUUUAUAUAACAGUAUUAAUUUAUAAUAUAAAAAAGUGACAGUGUUUAAAUUUUGAUUUAAAAUAUUCAUUGUGUUACGAUGUGUGUGUGUGAAGAGUCUAAAAUUUGUUUUACAAUUGUCAUGCCUGUAUUUUUAUGAAUAUAUGGAUGGGGUUUCAGCAAAAAUUUGUUAUGUUUGGUUAUUUAUGUUGUUUUAUUUUCUUUGUAUAUGAAUUAAUUCUUUUCUUUAUAUUUGUUACUUUGAGAAUCCAAACUGAGAGAAUGUCAUUGUUUUGUUUAUAAUCUACAUGUAUUCUAAAAGAAUAGAGACUGUCAAAUAUCUUGAAGCCGGCACAUUGAAUCAAAUAUCUAAAAAUACACGUGAAAGAUUUGUUAAAUGAUAUCAAACUCAACUCUCAAUCUAAACUCUUGGAUGUAGGGCAGAAUACGUUAUUAAAGUUUUAAAAUGGGAUCUAGAUUUUUGUUUUCAUUCCAGAUUAAAAAUUGAUUGUCCAUUUUGAGUUGUAGUGAAACUAACUGUUAAUUUAGCUUAUAGCUAAAUAUUUACUAUAUCGUUUUUCCAAAAUCAAUUACUGAUUUUGAAGAGUGUUUGAGUAACGAACAGAGUUUGUUACUCAACAGAACCAGUUAAACUUUUUUCCUGGCUUCAAAUAUCAACAAAAGAUAGGGUAAAUAUUUAAAGGGAAAAUGGAACAAUUAAAAAACGCUCCACCCCUCAUGCUUUGUCAUUUGACUUUCAAGUCUUGUCUUUUGUUGCACAGAUGGUGCUGUAGUCAUUAAGAUGCAAAUUGUUUAAAAUGUUUCCAUAAGAAAUAUAUCGUGGGUUGAUAAAAUAAAGAGAAUUGAACAAGU